CUUAUACUCUACUUCCGCUCGUUUCCUUUGUCUGACUGCCCAUCAUGAAUGUAUUUGCAAGGGCAGCCCCGAAGAAAGGCGAGAACUUCGAGCUCAGAGCUGACCUGAACAGCGAGUAUAAAGACAAGCGGAAAGAUGCUAUCAAACGCGUCAUUGCGAACAUGACCGUUGGGAAGGAUGUCAGUGGUCUCUUCCCUGACGUGCUCAAAAAUAUGCAAACCGACGACAUCGAACAAAAAAAGCUCGUCUACCUCUACCUCAUCAACUAUGCUAAAACCCAGCCCGAACUCGUUAUUCUCGCCGUCAACACCUUUGUCAAAGACUCGGACGACCCGAACCCGCUCGUCCGCGCGCUCGCUAUCCGGACCAUGGGAUGCAUACGCGUCGAGAAGAUAAUUGACUAUCUGUGCGAUCCGUUGCAGAAAUGCUUGCGGGACGAUAACCCAUAUGUGAGGAAGACGGCGGCGCUGUGUGUGGCGAAGCUGUAUGAUCUGAAACCCGAGCUGGUGCUGGAGAAUGGGUUCUUGGAGCAGUUGCAUGAUAUGAUAUCGGAUAGUAAUCCUAUGGUCGUGGCGAACACCGUCACAGCGCUCUCGGACAUCCACGUUGCCGCCACCGCCGUACCCUCCUCAUCCACAACUCCCGACCCCGCUCUCUUCACCAUUACUUCUACCAUCCUCAAUAAACUCCUCAUCGCACUCAACGAAUGUUCCGAAUGGGGCCGUGUCGCCAUCCUGUCUGUCCUCGCACGCUACACCGCCACGGACGAAAAAGAAUCAGAACACAUUUGCGAGCGCGUCGUCCCUCAAUUCCAACACGUCAACGGCUCUGUCGUACUCGGUGCCGUACGUGUCAUUAUGAUUCACAUGCGGGGCGUACGCCGCGAGGAGCUCGUCAAACAGCUCGUGCGCAAGAUGGCUCCGCCGCUUGUUACUCUGUUGAGUAGUCCGCCGGAGGUACAGUGGGUGGCUCUCAGGAAUAUCAACCUGUUGUUGCAAAAGAGGUCGGAUAUUCUGAGUAACGAGAUGAGGGUAUUCUUCUGCAAGUAUAAUGACCCACUCUACGUGAAGGUGGAGAAGUUGGACAUUAUGGUGCGGUUGGCGGGGGAGAAUAACGUCGAUGCAUUGCUUUCUGAGCUCAAGGAGUAUGCGUCGGAGGUGGACGUUGACUUUGUGCGGAGAAGUAUUAAGGCCAUUGGGCAGGCGGCUAUCAAGAUUGACGUAGCGGCCGAGCGAUGCGUAAACGUCCUUCUUGACUUAAUUGCUACACGGGUCAGCUAUGUGGUGCAGGAAGCUGUGGUUGUCAUGAAGGAUAUCUUCAGACGAUACCCCUCAACGUACGAAGGUGUCAUCCCCACAUUAUGCGCCAACCUUGAAGAGUUGGACGAACCAGAGGCGAAAGCGUCGCUCAUAUGGAUCAUCGGAGAGUAUGCGAAUAAGAUCGAUAAUGCGGAUGAGCUGCUGGGUAUUUUCGUCGAGACAUUUACGGAAGAGUCGUAUUCCGUUCAACUCCAAACUCUAACAGCCGUCGUCAAGCUCUUCCUCUAUAAACCCGACACAUCACAAGGUCUCGUCCAAAGCGUGCUCAAUACUGCGACGAAAGACUGUGAUUCUCCGGAUGUGAGGGAUCGGGCGUAUAUUUACUGGCGGCUACUAUCUACGGACCCAGGUGCUGCGAAGAGCGUCGUCCUUGCGCACCGGCCACCAAUAUCGCUCCCGCAAACGACCGUCUCGCCCGUACUGCUGAACGAGCUGAUCGGCGAAAUCUCGAACCUGGCGAGCGUGUACCAUAAGCCUGCUGAGACGUUCAUUGGGUUGGGAAGGGUCGGUGCCGAGGCGGUUGCGGGGAAGAAGGGUGGUGCCGACCCAUCCGACGACCGCGCCGCCACACAAAAAGCCCUUCAAACCGUCGCCGCAGGCCAACAAGCCGAAAACCUGCUCGACUUCGACGACGAGCCCUCGUCGCUCGACGGAGGCGGGCUUGGCUCUCAGCCUACGGGAUUGGCGGCCACGCAGGUGCAGGCGCUCACGUCGACGCCUGCGGCGGCGAACUUGUUGGCCGGGACGUCGAGCAACCCGUUGGACGAUUUGGUGUCGAUAUUUGGGAGUACGGGGAUUGGGAGCGCUCCGUCGCCCGUUAAUGGUAUGAAUAGCAUGAAUGGAGGGAUGGGUGGGAUGGGGGUUAUGUCACCGAUUUCGACGCAGCAGGCGCCGAUGCAGAGUAAUGGGGUCGUUUCACCGACGACGGCGACGCAGAACCCGCAGGAGGACCUGUUGGGUCUUUUCUAGUUUGAGGGUAGACGAGCUUUUUGUUGGUGUUUUUUUUUCGAUUUUUCUGUUGUUCGAGAAGUGGAGAUUUGUUUCACGAAGUAGGUGUUUGGAUGUUCGGUUUGAUGGCAAAUGGACGGAAUUAUUGAUGUAUCCUUGCUGUGUAAUGUUCUUUCUUUCUCUAAGCUCUUUC